AUGGCGACUCGCUCGUUCGCAACCACAGUCCCGACAUCUCGAGGAAGCCGCUCGACGUUGCGGGAACGGGAUUCGCGGGGACGAACAAUCGAUUUCGGCGCCGCACCAUCGCGAACGGGUCGGAAACCGUGGAACAACGAGAAGAAUCAGAGGGGCAAGGGGUUCGCGCGGGGCAACGAGUAUCAGCCUCGUAAGCGAGGCAACGCCGCUGCCGUUGCAGAGCCGCAGGCGCCACGACCCGAGGACUUGAUCAAGACGCUCGACGACCGGAUAGAGCGCUGGGCCCUGUCUGAUCGAGCUAACGAGUUUCUGAAAGCCUACGGAUUCGAGGAAGGCGACAUUCUCGAAACCCUCAUGCCGUGGGCCGACCGCACCCGCCGAAGGUUGAAGGACGACCGCGGCGAUAUGACGAUCAAGCAGUUCCUUCAGAGCCAGGGAUGGGAUGCUGAGGCUCUCAGCCUGGCGUUCGAGUCUGGCCAGUGGUCUUCGGUGUUCGAGUCCGCCAUUCUCCGUCGCUUCCUGACGUUCACCUGCGAGAACCCGCGCAUGGAGAACUUGCACUCGCGGCUGCGAGCGCUGCUGCAGAUCACCGACAUCAGCAAUGUCGCGCAGACCCAUGUCGCUGCGCGAUCGAUGAACCGUAACUUCCAUUUGCACAUGGGUCCGACAAACUCUGGCAAGACAUACAGCGCACUGAAGGCGCUCUCGAAAGCCAAGACGGGUGUGUAUGCCGGACCGCUCCGACUGCUCGCGCAUGAGGUAUGGGAGCGCAUCAACCUCGGCACCGUCGGAGGAAUGGAUGGCGAGGGAAGGGCGUGCAACUUGCUUACGGGCGAGGAGCGACGACUCGUUGCGCAGGACGCGGGACUCAUGAGCUGCACGGUGGAGAUGAUGCCUCUGCAGGGCUUCAUGGGCGGUGAGCCAUGGGACGUCGUCGUCAUCGACGAGAUCCAGAUGCUCGGCGACUCGGAGCGCGGCGCCGCGUGGGCAAACGCUGUCAUGGGUGUUGCAGCGAAGGAGAUCCACCUCUGCGGCGACGAGACGACCGAGAAGCUUUUGCACGAGAUGAUUGCCGGCUUCAAGGGCGACACUCUCACCGUGCACAAGUACAGCCGCCUGACACCGCUCAAGAUUGCAGACAAGUCGCUGCACAGCGACAUGAAGAAGGUUCAGGCCGGCGACUGCGUCGUUACCUUUUCACGUUCAAACGUUUUCGCCCUGAAGAACCAGAUCGAGCGCCAACUGGGCACAAAGGCUGCCGUUGUUUACGGCGCGCUCCCCCCAGAGACUCGCGCCGAGCAGGCGCGCGACUUCAACGAAGGUCGUGCCCAGGUUCUCGUCGCGAGUGACGCCGUCGGCAUGGGAUUGAACCUCAAGAUCAACCGCAUCAUCUUUGAGACGCUUUGGAAGUGGAACGGCAGCAGGAGGUGCCCCUUCGACACGGCCACGACGGGCGAUGCUCCUGGCGACACUGGAGGAACGGUGACGACGCUGCACGAGGACGACUUUGCGCUCCUCAAGAGCCUACUCGGCCGUACGCUUCCCUCCGUGAAGCGGGCCGUCAUCGAGCCUCCGUCCGAGGCUCUUACAGCCCUCCAGCCCCUACUUCCCGCCAAGACGUCCUUUGAAAGCCUCAUCGAGCACUUCUGGGCGCUGGCCAAGCUGCCGCCGCGCACUGUGCUUGCUUCGUCAACUAGCAAGACCACCAUCGCGCCUAUCCUGGAACCGUUCCGCAACAUCCUGACGUUGAGCGAGCUGCAGCUGCUCGCCAAUGCGCCGCUGCCGGCCCGCGACGAGAAGACUGUCAGAUUCUUCUCGACCAUGGUUUGGCAGUAUGCGAAGGAGUACCACGUGGACCUGCACGCGGCGAUUCAGAGGACCGGUCUGCUGAACUCCCUCGACGUUAUCGAGAAGCUCAUGGCCAAGCUGGACGGCCCGCCCAAGGUCCCGCCCCAGUCGCACGAACGCCGCGUUCUUAUCCAGAAGGUACCGGAGCUCGAGUCGCUGCACAAGUGCCUCGUCAACUAUCUGUGGCUGUCGUUCCGCUUCGAACUGGCCUUCCCCGACCGCGAGCUCGCGGCGGAGAUGAAAAGCCGCACGGAGAAGAUGCUCGAGGCAUGUCUUGAGCACAUGCCCGUGCUAAACAAAAAGAAGAAGAAGGACACGCACGCCGAGCUCGAUGCGGAUCUCGAGGCGCUCUUUGACGAGCCGCCCCGCAAGCCUAAACUCGAAUGGAGCACGCCCGAGGAGGCGUCCCGCGACGCGAGGAGGAAGAAAUGGGAGAGUGUCGCCGUGCUCGACGCGGAACCGAAGCAAUAG